AUGUUUUAUGAAUUUGAAUAUUAUAUUAAUAUCAAAAGGGUAUAAAAUUUAUAAAUAAAAUAGAAAAAUUAACAAAAAUAAAUGAAAAAUAAACGAUCAAUCAUUACAGAACAAUAACCUGAUCAUGAACAAAUUCGUAAAUAGAAUGAAAUAAAUUUACAACCAGCAGUAUAAGUAUAUAGAAUGUAUACUUAAUUACAUACAGUAGCUUAAGCAGAAUAAGUGGCUGAUACUUUGUCAUCAAUAGAUUUCAUACAGAAAUAAUGUGAAAAGAGUAUGAAGGUUAGAGAUUUUGCUAUGUAUGCUGCAUAAUUUUUCAAAUAUGAACAUUACAGUUUUGGCCAAACAAUAAUGAAUUAAGGAGAUUAUGGAGAUAGAUUUUACUUAUUAUUAAAUGGUGAAGUAGGUGUAUAUAUGAAGAGAUCAAAUGAGGAUAUUUAAAAGGAUUUAGAAUUUUUAAGUUAGCAGACUAGUGAAACUAAUAUAGUAGUAAAUAAUAUAUAAAAGAAAAAGAAAACAGUUGUUUUGAAUUAAUUAAACAAAUUUGAUUUAGCUUUAAGAAUGUUAAUAGAUAAUAAUAUGUAUUAUAAUAAUGGAGUACCUUUGUUUAAAAAAGUAUGGUAAUAUUAUUCAGGUCAAUGUUUUGGUGAUUAAGCACUUAUUCAUGAUUAACCAAGAUCUGCAAGUAUAAUAGUAGUAUCAGAGGAAGCACAUUUAAUAUCAAUGAAUAAACAUGAUUAUAAAUAAGUUUGUGAGAAAUAGAUUCAAGAAUAGAAUGCUAAUGUGGAUUAUUUUAUGAAAUUAUUUAAUGGAGCUAGCAAAUUUACAGUUACCAAAUUUAUAUAGAAUUUAAGAACUAUAUAAUUUUCAGCAUAAGCAAUAUUAUGGAAAGAAGGAGAUGAACCUAAAUUCUAUUUCUUAAUUUUAAAAGGAAGAGUAUAAUUAUAUAGAUAGAUUUCAGAAGAUAUAAUAAAUUAAUCUAAUAAUAAAAAGAAAAAAAAGAUCAUUUUAAGUUAAUUAUCAGAUAAUUCAUUUGUUGGUUAAGAAGAAAUAAUUGAAUCACUUCCUUAUAGAUUAUAUUCUUGUUAAGUUUUAGAUAAUACAACAGCUUAUUUUAUGGAAGCUAAUGAUUUCAAUAAUUUAAAAAAGAAUUUUCCAGAAAUUGUUAAAUUAUUGAAAGACAAAAGUUCUUUAAUUUCUGAAUAUAUGAAUAAUAGAUAAAAUAAUAUCAUAUCAAUAUUAUAAUAACAUGAUAAUUCAUAAAAAGAAUAACCAUAAUUAAUGAUUACUGAAAGAAAAACUGUAUAAGAAAUAUUUAAAGAUCCACAUGAUAGACCAGAUAAGAAUGAUAUUCGUUCAUAAAAACCUAAAAUACUACUUUAAACUGAAAUUGCACAUUAAAAUAUGUUAUAUCAUUAAAAGAAAUUACCAACUGAUGCUAAAACUAAAUUUUUAAUGGUUGAUACAAAUCUAAUUGAAUAAAUUAGAGAUAGAGUAUCCAGAAAAAUUUGGACUGGAGCUGAAAAGAAAUAGAGAGUUAAAACUACUCAUCUAGAUGAUAAUUAAAUUUUAACUAGUAGAGUUUCAAGUGCUGUAAGUACAAAAUCUAAAAAAAUGUAAAGAUUUUCAUCUCUAGAAACUAUACUUUAAAUUACAUCAUCAGAACCUCAUUAAACAUCUCCUACAUUUGUUACUUCCACAACCAAUACUGUACCACUUAUUUAAAGAUCAUGGAAUCCAUAAAGUAGAUAAUUAAAGGCUAAAUUAAGAAGAAAAAUGAGUGGAGCUAUGAGUCAAAACACAUUAUAAACAUAAUAAAUUGAAAAUUAAGAUAUAUUCUCUUAAUUCUAAAUACCACAUAGAAUUCAUACAGCUAAAUCUACUAAUAGAAAAAUGUAAUAAUAUUAUUAUAUAUUAAUUUAGUUGUUCUGCUUUUGGAUUACGUAAAAAAAGUGAUCAACUUUUAGGUUAUACUUGA